ACUUCUCGGUCUCGUUCAAAACGUCGUCAUUUUGCGGUCGAUCUUUGCUCGGUCGUUCCGAAAAUCUGCCAAUCGUGAGUGUGCGACCGCGAAAUUCUCCCCUAAAACUCGUUUUCCAACCAAAGUUUUAAGCGUUUUGUAAGUGAUUUGCUAAAUUUUUAUUUGAAACCGGCGGCAUGGGCGGACACGGUCACGGCCACGGACCCCCGUACAAGGUUCCGGACGCGUCCAUCUACAAGGUGGCCGAUUCGCCCGAACUGGUCGAGGUGGAGCGCGCGCUGGCCCGCCGCGGCCUCAAGGACCCGUGGCUACGGAACGAGGUCUGGCGGUACAACCCGACGCACUUUUCGACGCACCGCUCGCGCCUCAUCAACUUCCUGUUCAAGGGAUUCCCGCUUGGCUUUGCGGCGUUUGUGGCCACGAUCGGGGUGGAGUUUGCGCUGGGAAUCGACUACCACGGCCACGGGCACGGUGACCACGGCAGCGGCCACGGCGACGACAAGCAUGGCGGCCAUCAUUAGGUAGGGUUGGUUUUUAUUUUCGGUUCGUUUCUUGCAAAUAAUUUCACAGAAUAAAGAAGCAGUCCACACUUGGAGAGGUGGAGAAUGUUACUGGUAGAGCGAA